CUUUUGGUGUAGCGCAUAAGAAGAUAAGAAGGAAUAAUUUGCAGGGAAGUAAAACAUUCCCUUUAGCGUUUACUGAUUGACCAGAAACAACUCUUCCCCUAAACACAAAACAAAAUUGAAUGCACACCACCCGACCUGCUCAAAGACUGUGAUCUACACCGAGCAACAACUUUAAUUUUUCCUUCAGCUUAUCCAAACAUUAAUUAAUGGAAGGAACAGAUAGAUCAGUAUCAGCAAAUUAUCAACUUCAAGUUUCAUUUCCUGCAACACAAUCCAUCAACCACAUGGGUUUCGUCCAAUUGGAAGAAAACCAGCUUUUGAGUAAUAAUUUCUUAGGCUCCUCUUCUCAACCUCUCAAUAAUUUUUCUACACAUCAUCGCCAGGCUGCGGACACAGUGAAUCAUCCCAAAGUUAAUGAAGAAAAUUACACAGCCAAUGCCAACGAUGCUCAUACUUCAUGGUGGAGGAACUCGACAUCAGAGAAGAACAAAGUGAAGGUGAGAAGAAAGCUUCGGGAACCCAGGUUCUGUUUCCAAACAAGGAGUGAUGUAGACGUUCUAGACGAUGGGUACAAAUGGAGAAAAUAUGGGCAGAAAGUUGUCAAGAACAGCCUCCAUCCAAGAAGCUAUUAUCGAUGCACGCAUAAUAAUUGUCGAGUGAAGAAGAGAGUGGAACGAUUGUCAGAGGAUUGUCGAAUGGUAAUAACAACCUACGAAGGUAGACACAACCACACUCCUUCUGAUGAUUUUAAUUCAUCAGAACAUGAAUGUUUUACUUCAUUCUAGUUAAUUACUCAAUACAAGUAAUUAAUCUUGAUCUUGUUAUGAAUUAUAUAAUUAAUGUAAUUGCGGUAUUUAUGUUUUACCUUGUGACAUGUUUGUCACCAUCUCCUUCUCCCUUAGGGUACUUAA